AGCCUUAAGUAGUUGCUGGUAGCUCCUCGGGGUCUGCAAAGGAAGAAGGAAAUCAGGGGGGUUUGCAUUUUUAUGUGGCUUUUAUUACACCUAGAGGCUGGCUCUGUAAAAUAACUAUGUGUGGAAUAAUUCUUUCUUUUUUUUUUAACCCCUCAGCGUUCCUAGCAGAGCAUGGGAAGGGCCCAGGGGGCUUAGCUUGGACAGCUUCAUCUUACUCAAGUCUUUUUUUUUUUUUUUUUUUUUUUGCACUUUUUAAUCACUCCUCUUCCCCCAGCUGCUGCUGCUGCACGAUUGGAUCCGCCAGGCCAGGCGCAGCGGCAGCACGUUCCCGGCUAGCCUUUUGCUAUCCGCCCGGAGCCCCUUCCAUUUUCACACCGUGUUCAGCCAGCAUCACCACUUCAGACAGCCCGCUAACGGCUGCCAUUCAUCUCACCCGCACCAUCUGCUCCAACAUUUCGUAACAGCCCGGUUAAAACUUCCAUUUUCCAAACCCGUUCCGCGGUGUACCGAUAUCCCAAGCCUGUGUCUGGAUCCCUUUUCACCACAGAUCUUGAGGUUUGCUUUCACCAGCCUCAAACAGCCUUUGGGCUACGGCAGCCAACGUCCAAACAAGCAUCUAAACACCCUGAGCUGAGCCCGCUCCUCCUCUGGAAGUGAAAAACCCUGUUGGAUGUCCUUAGAUUAAAUCACAGCUAGAUACUGCAUUUUUAAAAGAAGAGAAUCCACCCAGUUUGGCAGAAACCAUGGAGGGAUUGGAGAGGUGUAGAUGGGACGGUGAGGAUCAGCUGCCGGCCGCACUGGCGCUGAGCCGGCUGUACGCCCAGCACGGAGGCAGCGAGGAGCAGGAAUGUCCCCACGACGACCCCUACGCCGAGGCCUCCCUCAUUUUGGGGGUGCAGUCAGCCCUUCCUACUUUUCCUGAGGAUCAGAGAGGAUCCAGGAGGUUGGUAAUGAAAAGGAAGGUGCUGAGGCGCAGACCCGAUGGAGGAGUGGAGGUGUCCGACGAGUCGGUGAACAGCCAGCUGGAGAGCGACGCCGAGGUGUGGAGUCCGAGGCAAAAAAUGCUGCAGCUCCCCACCAGUGCGGAAGACAGCAUCUCUGAGGGGGAAAUCGAGACGAGCAGCAGCUCCCUCGAUGGAUCCCCUUCCCGCUGGCCCCGUGGGAGCAGUCCCCCCUUUCUCCUCGGGGAUUUCGGGAGCCGGAGCUGUCCCGCUUCUCACUGCGUCGCCGCAGCGGGGCAACCCAAGUCCUUCAUCCCCCCACGGUUUGAGCCACUGGGCCACAACCGGGGCAAAACAGACCGAGUGGCCAAAUAUUUGGAAUAUAAACGAGAAUGGGAGAAAUUCCGAAUCCCGGGGGAGGAUCAGCGGCAAGAACUGCGCUGGGGCAUCCGGGAGCAGAUGCUCUGCAAGGCUGAGCUCCCCAGCAAGCCGCAGCACCUCUACGUCCCCAACACUUACACCGUGCCGACCGAAAAAAAGAGAGCUGCCCUGCGCUGGGAGGUGCGCUGGGACCUGGCCAACGGCCUCCUCCCCCGAAAAAACACCUCCUAGUUUCCUAGAGGAAAAUGAACGGUGUUCGAACCACACACGUGCUGCCUCGGCUGAGCACUUUCGUUGGUUUUGGUUUGUUUUUUUCUUUUUUUUUGUUUGUUUUUUUUUUGUUUUGCUUUUCCUCCUCGAUAAUUUGGACAAUCCGCUUUUUGCAUUUCAAGCAGGUUAAAUUCUGGUAUUAAAACGUCACCCUGGGGAGAACAUCCCUGCUUCCCUCCCGCCUCACGCGGAGCUGCUUUAUGAGCUAAGACUAAGAGUUAGAGGGAGCAGGCACCAAAAAACCCCCCCAAGGCUGCAAGACUUUUCGAAUAACAGGAGAAAUAAGAAUGCGAAGAGCCUGGCAACUUUUGCCACGGAAUUGCCCCUGGAUUGUUGUGUGAGUUAUUAACGCUGUUUUAUUUACGGCAUCUUGGUGAUAUCUCUUAAAUAAAGCACGUGGAAAGGUU